ACUAGCUAGAGUAGAUGGAGUGAAUAGACUGUUGUUGUUGUAUAUAUAUACAUCCUAUGCGAUUCGUGUAUACAUCCUUUCCGAUUUGUAUAGCCUUGCCGUUUUACGUAUCUAAUAAGCGAGUGAAUAUGAUUGGUGGAACAACAUUAAUACGGGCCGGCGCUAGGCUAGAUGUAGGGGGGGUGGCAGGAAGAGAAAAGGGGGGUGAUGCGGAGAGAAUAGGGGGGUGGUAAUUAAGCUCGUCCUUCUUAUAUAAUAAAAAGGGGCCUUGCUAUA